AGCGCUCCCAGGCUCCCCCGGGGCGCUCGGCAUGAGGAGGAUCAGGGCCAAUGCCAUCGCCAUCCUGACCGUCGCCUGGAUCCUGGGCACUUUUUACUACUUAUGGCAGGACAACAAGCCCCGCUCGGCGGCCGCCGGCAGGUCCGCCGGCAGCGGCGGCAGGAGCAGCAGCGUCCGGAGCGGGCAGAGGGCGGCGGGCAGGCUGGAGCUCCGCCGGGAAGAGAGGACCAUCCCCCUCAUCAUGACGAGGGCUCCCCAAGGAGAGAAGAACAGCCGGAGAGGUUUUGAUGAAAAGGCUUACUUGUCCUCAAAGCUGCUGAAGGCUGGAGAAGACCCCUACCGCCAGCAUGCUUUUAAUCAGCUGGAGAGCGACAAGCUCAGCAGCGAUCGGCCUAUCCGGGACACCAGGCACUACAGGUGCACAUCUGUACACUAUGACACAGACUUGCCAGCUACCAGCCUCAUCAUCACCUUCCACAACGAGGCGCGCUCCACCCUGCUCCGCACAGUGAGGAGCGUCCUGAACCGCACCCCUCCCAGCCUCAUCCAGGAGAUCAUCUUGGUAGAUGACUUCAGCUCAGAUCUUGAGGACUGCCAGCUCCUCACCAAGAUCCCAAAGGUCAAGUGUCUACGAAACACUCGGCGAGAAGGGCUGAUUCGCUCUCGGGUGCGAGGCGCGGAGGUGGCUGCAGCUGACAUCCUCACCUUCUUGGACAGUCACUGUGAAGUCAACAGCGAGUGGCUGCAGCCAAUGCUUCAGAGAGUGAAAGAGGAUUAUACCCGAGUGGUGAGUCCAAUCAUUGAUGUUAUCAGCCUGGAUAAUUUUGCCUACCUGGCAGCUUCAGCAGAUCUGAGGGGAGGAUUUGACUGGAGCCUUCACUUUAAGUGGGAGCAGAUUCCUAUAGAGCAGAAGAUGUCCAGAACAGACCCAACUCAGUCUAUAAGAACACCUGUCAUAGCAGGAGGCAUCUUUGUGAUUGACAAGUCCUGGUUUAACCACCUGGGAAAAUAUGAUACUCAAAUGGACAUCUGGGGAGGAGAAAAUUUUGAGCUCUCUUUCCGAGUGUGGAUGUGCGGUGGCAGCUUGGAGAUCGUUCCCUGCAGUCGAGUAGGACACGUGUUCAGGAAGCGCCAUCCCUAUGACUUUCCUGAGGGCAAUGCACUGACUUACAUCAAGAACACCAAGCGCACAGCAGAGGUGUGGAUGGAUGAAUACAAGCAGUACUACUAUGAGGCCCGGCCAUCUGCCAUUGGCAAGUCGUUUGGAAGUGUUGCAGACCGAGUGGAGCAGCGACGCAAACUGAACUGUAAAUCUUUCCAGUGGUAUCUGGAGAAUGUCUACCCUGAGCUCAAGGUUCCUGAAAAGGAGCUCAUUCCAGGAAUAAUUAGACAAGGAGGAAACUGCCUGGAGUCUCAACCACAGGAUACCACAGGGAAUACAUUGACUGGCAUGGGAAUCUGUAAAGGAACAGUGAACAAUCCACCUGUCACUCAGGAGUGGGUAUUCAGUGACCCUCUAAUUAGGCAGCAGGACAAGUGUCUUUCCAUUACCUCCUUCUCUACUGGCUCUCAAACCACACUGGAAGCCUGCAAUCAAAAAGACGGCAGACAGAAGUGGAAGAUGAAAGGCAGUUUCAUUCAACACUUUGUCAGCGGUCUCUGCCUGGAAAACCAGACUGGGAGAGUGGUGACCAACCCUUGCCAAGCAGAUAUACCUGGCCAGCAGUGGGAGCUGCUACAAGCAACAUGAUGGUAGCACAGAGAUCUGUCUCCUUUUUUCUUUGUGCAUGAGACUUCGGGAACAGAGGGGGAUCGGGAAAGGAGAGGAAUGGUUUUGUAUGUCUGACCCUAAAUGUUUUCAUUGUGCCCAUCUGCAAGCCACCAUUUCAUCUGAGCACUCGGUGUUCUUGAGCUUUUCAGAGGAAAAGCUAGAGGUGAGAGGAUGAGGAGAGUUGCUGAAAUCUUCCCAUCUGUUGUCUUAAGUUCUCCUUUGUAGCUGAUACCUGUGCAUAGCAGCACCCAGUGAGGGAGGAGGACCCAGCCCAGUACUUGGAGUGACUAGAACUGCCUUGCAGCUCCCCCCAUAUGUUCCUUUCUCUGCUUCCAGAGCCUAUGGCCUUCAAUCCAACAGUUUAAAUUAUGCUUAUACAAACAUUGGUAGCUCUUUGGCUUCCCUGGCUUUUCUCUCUAACAUCAUGCAUCAUUUAUGCAUGUGUCUCUCUCAGUGAGGACUGGCCAGAAAAAGAGUCAUCAUGGUGAGUGGUGGGGCUGGGAAGGAACUGGCAGACCCCAGGGAGGCAGGUUUGUAACCUCUUUGUGGUGAGCCCAUUGCUUUCUCUACCCGCAGUAGCUGCCCUACAGCCAGAUGGGCUGAGGCUGGGAAAUGGGGCACAAUGCUGACAAGAGAGCUGGAAAAGGGACAAUCUGUUUUAGCAGCAUAAUCAGGGAUUGUUUGGGGGACUAUUCCCUGUUGAAUUCUUGCUUUUUUAUUUUUGCUUGUUUUUUAUGGGUGGAAGGCCAGCCCUGCCACCAUGAGUGAUCCAAGCCCGCGGGCAGCCCAGCUGGACCUGGUUUCAGGGUACCAGACUGCUGCAGAGCAGGUCAGAGACAGGUGCUGACACUUUGGUGUGCCACAGAGACUGGGACCGUUCUCUGGUUGCUCUUCCUAGUGCUACCAGUCACUGUCCAUCUCACCUCACGCUGAAGGUGAUGCUCUGAGCUGUGUGGGCAGUACACACUGAUGAUGCCACUGCACUUGGCUCAGGCCUGUGGCAGGAGCCCACCCUGUUCCCUGCUGAAAGAGGCAGAAGCCCCUAGGUCAUCACAGGCUUCCUGCUGCUGGCUGCAGGAGCACAGUGGCUCUCUCGCUCUGUGAACACUGCCUGGCAUGACAAGCCACCCGAUCCCUCUUUCUAGUGGGAAAAAAAAAAAAAAAAAAUCUCCAUGCAAUGUUACCUCUUCCUACUAGAUCUGUUAAAUUUUUCUCUUGAAGCUAGGUUUUGUAAACCAACACUCCUCUCCAAGAGCCUGACAGGGGAAUCAGAUGGUGGGGCCACCUUCAGUAGGCAAUGGCUUGCCUGGAUCCUUUCUGGUGUAAAAGAAGCGGGAUGUUCAUUUGGAUUCUGAACAGCUGGCUGCUUUUGGUGAUGUUUUUUUCCCUUUUUAAUUCUUUCUCCUACCUUGGUAUUAGCCCAAACAACUGACAAAAGAACAGAUGCUGUUCUUCAUACAUUGCAUGUGCUCAAAAGUGCUUUUGUGAGAACUCGACAAUUUGUUUUCUGUUAUUCAUUCUUUUAUUUAAAAAAAUAAACUGGCCAGGUGGCAGGAGCUCUUGUUCUGUUUCACUCUUCACUUUGACUUCAGCCCACCUAUGCUGAUUAACCAGAUGAGUGACCUGCCUGCACUGGGAGAACUCAGGAGGCAGUUCCCUUUGGUCCUAAGCUGACAGCAUGGCACAGCUGCCCUUCUGUGUGGGAAUGGGAGCACUGACUCCACAGAGAUUUCCUUUUCCUCUUCUCCUAUGGAGAGAUGCUUUGGGCCUGAACCACUGAGGCCAGGAAAAAGCAGAGAAGGAAAGAAAAUAGCCAAGGAACAGAAAGAGGGCAGGGGAGACAGACCUGUCACAGGGGUAAGAUGCCAUUCUACUAGCAAUUGCUUUUUUAAACAAGAAUAUGUAGGAGAUGCUACUUCUGAAACAGUAUCAUUAGGCAGUAGGAGACAGGAACAGUCAAGUUCUCAUGUAUCUGGCUAGAAAAAAGUUGAUGCAAAGACAGAUAAUAGGCCAUUGAGCAGGUACUGUACAUAAACUCUGUAUACAAUGAAGUGCUAAUGGAUUAUGUAUUUUCAUUAAAAUGCAUCCUAUGUGACCAUCUGAGCUUCCUCCAUGUCACUCUCCAGCAGCUUAAGGGUUGCAGCUAACAGCAUGUUCACUCCUCCACCAGGUGCUGCUUCCUUCCUUCUUGCUCCCACUGUGUGUGUGCAGCUUUCUUGCAGUUCCUUCUUCAUAAUCACACUGGGACUAGGACCCAGCUCCUCUACAAACAAUUCUCCCGACUGCUGCAGACCACGGGAGCCCUGCUCAUACACAGUCUCCAAGCUUUGGGCCAGCCCUGGCUCAAAGGGCUCUUCUUAGCACACUGGCUACUCCCCUGGACUUUGUGCUUGGCUCCAGUGUUGGAGGUUACUAAUUGCUCCCAGAUGAGAUGAGCCUGGAUGAUGCCUGGAUGAGCUGUGUUGAUUUGUGCCUCUUCUCCUAUGGCUCACCACCUGGCAGAGUGUGAACUGGCAUCUCUCUGGGGCUGUGAGCUGGGGCAGCUGAAGGUUGGACACACUCCUUCUUCAGGUGCCCCAGCCUAGGGGAGAAAAGGGAAAAGGUGGGCAUAUGCUAGAUGUCAAUACCUUUAAUUGUCCCUGGAGACUGGGGCUACCAGAGUCCUACCUCUACUUGGACAUGUUCUCCUGAGGUCACCUCCCCACUGCUUGCUCCACUUUCAGCUAAAGCCCUGCUCUCAGGGCCUUCCUGUAGGCCCAAUGGAGACCUCCCAUGCACACAAUCUUCUGGAAGCCUUUGGUUUCCAAUGGAUUUCAGCAAUUGCUGAAAAGGAAGGAGGUGCAUUACAAAAGACUGCUUUCAAAUGUGGGCAAAUUAAACCUCUCAGAAUAAACAAAACUUUGUCCAAACUCAUUAUUAGCAUAUUUUUCAUUUCCAUUGCACUGGAUGGAAAGAGGAACGAUGUUAUCUGUGCUUUUUUCCUCAAGGUCCAAGCUGUGCCAUGUUUUGGAACAGGACUCUGGUGGGGAUUUUGAAAUCAAACUGACUGAGCCCACAAAUUUGGCCCAGUGAUUUGUUUCUUUACCAGUGAGAGCAAGCAGCUGCUCAUACUUGUUUUCCUGUUUAUUUUAAACAGCCCCCUAGAUUGUCAAGACAGAGUAUUUGCAUUGGUGAUACCUUUUAAGAAAGCUGUUACUGUAUCAGAUAAUCCAGUGUAAUUUUGUGUGCUGUGAACCAAUGGGGGUUUAUUUAAGAGGAGCUGAAACUACUGUUGCACAGAAAUCAAUUUCAAAGUGUUUAUUUUUCCCACUCUUAAGUUGCACUUUGCCAGAUGUAAUUUAUGUGGAGCUGAGAAUUGUUUUCCCUUUUCUUGAAGAAAGCAUGUGCCAGAAUCUGUUUAAUGCCUGGAAUAAAAUCUACUUUGAAACAAG